GUUUGUAUUUUCAUUCAUGGUGGACCAUGAACAUGUCAACAACAACAGUGCUCUUCGCACGCAAUUCUCACACAAAAUCUAGAGCACAAACACUUUCGCACAUCUCCAUGCACGAUCUUCUUCUUUAUUCAUCACUAUAAAUAAUAAUCGCCGAAUCGACGCCAUUUUUAUACCUUCAUUCUUCUUCUUCGCUGUUGCGGAAACCCUAAUUUGAAAUUGGAGAAAUACAAAAUGUCGUGGUUGAGAUCAGCAAUGAAUAAAGCGGUGGAGGUUGGGAAUAACAACCUUACACGCACUGUCAAGAACUACGCUGAUUCCGUCGGUCACGCAGUUGCUGAAGGAGCUAAAAUCUUACAGGAUCGCAUUGGGAAUAGGAACUUCAAAAGCUUUAAGCAGACGGUCCAAAGAUUGGAAGAAGCUUCUAUUUCCUGCAAGGGACCAGAGAGAGUUCAGUUGAUGAAAAGGUGGCUAUCUGCACUUAAAGCAAUUGAUAACAUGUCAGAGGUUUCUGUUGAAGAUAAAGAGAAGAACAAUGAGCAGCAACAUCCUUCCGAGGAAAUAAGAAAACUACCACUGGUUCUCUAUUACGAUUCUGAGAUGGGCGGUGAGCCACUGAACUUUCGUGAUGUCUUUCUCUACAGUAAAGCUUUGGAGGGCAUAUUGAUAUGUAUGAUUCUUGAAGCGCCAAACGAAGAGGAAGUCUCCCUCCUUCUUGAAUUAUUUGAACUCUGUCUCACUGGGGGAAAAGCGGUUCACAAUGCAAUAGUCAGCAGCAUCCAGGAUCUGGCAAAAGCUUUCUCAAACUACCAAGACGAAGUAUUGGUAAAACGUGAGGAGCUAUUGCAGUUUGCAGAAAGUGCCAUCACAGGGUUGAAAAUUAAUGCGGAUCUCGGAAGAAUUGAUGCCGAAGUCUCCACAUUGAAUAAACAACUUGAUGAAAUAAAAGCGCUAAAGGAUGCAAGUGGGGAUCAUGAAACAAUUUCCAAAGAGACCGCAGCUUCAAUAGAGGCUCUGAAAGCGGCACUUGCACAUAUUCGGGUCUGCUCCAGAUUAGAAGGGCUUCUACUGAAGAAAAAAUCUCUUAAAUAUGGGGACUCUCCAGAAGUCCAUUCUCAAAAGGUUGAUAAGUUGAAACUCCUAUCUGAAUCUCUUGCUAACUCCACCACCAAAGCUGAAAGGGAGAUCUCAGAUGACAGAAUUCAGAAAGAGGAGGCACUAAAAUUUCGUGUUGCCAAGACCAGUGAAGUUGGUGAAAUAGAGAAGGAAUUAGCAGCUGAGAUUUCAGCUCUGGAGAAACAAAGGAAUGAGAUUGAAGCUCAAUUGAAGCAGGUCAAUAUCUCCUUGGCAGCAGCUAGUGCACGCCUUCAUAAUGCCCGAGAAGAGAGGGACCAAUUCUAUGAAGCUAAUGAUCAGAUUGUUGCUCAUUUAAAAACUAGAGAAGGCGAGCUAUCUAAGUCCAUUGGCUCAUGUAGAGUGGAAGAACAUGUUCUUAGUUCAUGGAUCCAAUUUUUGGAAGACGCUUGGGUUCUUCAGUCCUCCUAUACAGAGACCAAAGACAAGGAGGCCAAAGUUGAAUUGGAAAGGCAUGAAGAUUAUUUUGUGAACUUGGUCUUGCAACUUCUCUCUGCUUACGAGAAAGAGUUGAGGCCUUCUAUUGAUCGUAUUAGAAAAUAUGUGGAAAACUUGAAGAGUUUAGGUGAAGGCAGCUCAGCAAAAGAAGCUGGUCCGGCUUCUGGUGAAUCAAAAGUAUUGAGCCCUAGGAAAAGUCUGGAGUUGGAGUACCUGGACUAUGAAGCCAAGAUUAUAACCACCUUUAGUGUAGUCGACAACAUGAUGGAGCAGUUCUAUGCUCAACACGGGAAAGUAUCCAGGAAAGAUGAUCCAAAGAUUAAAGAGCUGUUUGAGAACAUUGAAAAGUUACGAGAAGAAUUUGAAUCUAUUGAAAGACCAGAACUGGAAAUGGAGAUCCCGGAUGUCCCCACCCAAGAGGGAGAUGCUUCAUCUCAUAAAAUUCCUGAUGAAAAUAUAUCAGAUCCUGCAAAGAAGGCAACAGAAGCCCCUGCAACUGGGAUGGAAGAGGAAAACAAACCACCUUCUACCAAAGCAGAGAAGGUGUCUGAUGCCGCAUCCAAUAAGAUGCUAGACGAAAAUGUAUCAAAUCCUGCGAGAAAGGCAGCAGAAGCCCCUUUAGCUGGCAUAAAGGAGGAAAAGAAACCAUCAGCUACCAAAGCCGAGCAAAUGUAUGAAGCAGAGUUGGCAAAAUUGGAAUCUGAGUCUGGAAACAUAAACCAGGAUUUCUCUGCAGAAGAGAUUGGUGGCUGGGAAUUUGAUGAACUGGACAAUGAGUUAAAUUCUGGGACUCUGGCAAUCCCCGGAAAAGAUAGAAACACCUAACGACAAAAACUUCAAAAUCUUCUAUGUCUAAUAAUGUCCGGAUGUAGUUUCAUGUAUUUAUUCUUUGUAAAUUCGCGAACUUGUGGAACUGCAUUUCAUAUUAGAAUCAUGUAGAUACUUUGAUUGGAUAUGAUAAUAUUCAAAUGUAGUUGACUAGAUCAGGGAAGCUUCAAAUUAUUCACUCACAGGUUCUGAUUUUAUUUGCGUUAUUCUUAGAUUUUCCCAGUGGAAGUUGGCUGACAGUACUGCUACUACUUACAUUAUCCGUCUCUCUUUUAAUAUCUUUAUCUAAAGAUUAUUAGCCUGUU